CUUCCCGGUCCCCUCCCUCGCUCGCUCGCCGCCAGCCCCGGCUCGCUCCCUGCCCACUCCCGGGGGGGACGUUCCGUGCCGCGGCCGCCGCUUCUUUCACACUUUAGUUGGGAGCCGCGCGCCGCGCUCAGUUACUGGAGAGAGCUGGCCGCGCGCCGCCGCCUCCAGCACGCACGCACCCGGGCCGGGCUUCGGGGCUCUUACCCCUCUGGGAGGAGGGGGAGACCGGGACUCACCGUGGGGAGGAGGAGGAAGACAAGUAGGAGGGAGGAAGAAAACCCGCGAGGAGGACCAGGGCGGGGGGCGGGAGGCUUGCCACCUUCAGCCCCCCCGCGAGCGCCCAAGGUGCACCCAUCUUGACCGACUCAGCAAGAAGGUGGAUUUUCCCUGUGUCUAAAGAAAAAAACAUGUCCCCGUGUCUGUAGAGAUGAUUUGCAGUUCAGCCCGGCUGAAGCUGACCGAAUGAGACUAUGGGCUGUGCCUCCGCCAAGCAUGUUGCCACUGUUCAAAAUGAAGAGGAAGCCCAGAAAGGGAAGAACUACCAGAACGGAGAUGUGUUUGGCGAUGAGUAUAGGAUCAAACCGGUGGAAGAGGUCAAAUACAUGAAAAAUGGGGCAGAAGAGGAGCAGAAAAUAGCAGCCAGGAACCAAGAAAACUUGGAAAAAAGUGCCAGUUCAAAUGUAAGACUUAAAACCAAUAAAGAGAUUCCAGGAUUAGUUCAUCAACCCAGAGCAAACAUGCACAUCUCUGAAAGCCAACAAGAAUUCUUCAGAAUGCUGGAUGAAAAAAUUGAAAAGGGUCGAGAUUACUGUUCGGAAGAAGAAGAUAUCACAUAGCACCAAUCCUACCACUCAAACCGGGAGCUACUACUGUGUAAAUAGGUUACACCCCAGUUGAAAUCUUUGCAAAGGUCGGUUCUCUUCAGCGAACAGCACUAUAGCAAAAGAAGAUCGUUCCGUAUCGUAUGCCCCAUUAAAUUACAGUGUUUCUUAAUGAACUUGCAAAGGAAUAUUGCUAAAAACAAACAAAAACUGUUAUCGAACUUUCUUUGUUGCUGCUAGUUAAAACUUGUUGCAACUUUUCACUUCUCUCAGUGUCCAGGUCUGCAGCAAAAUUCUGCAAUUUCACCUUAAAGAUACUGUUGGUUUUACAGAUGCUCUCCAACGUAUUUUCUAAAAGAUGAGGUAGUGGUGAACUCAGAUAUCCAACUUCUGUUCUAGACUGGUUCUGCUUCUAAGACAAGCACCUCCUUCCCCCCUCCCUCCUCCCUGCCUCCCCCAGCAGUCCAGAGCCUUGCUUCUCACUGGCAUUGUUGCGCUUUGGAGAUGGGAUGGUUGCUAUGGCAAGCCUAGUUUCUCUGCUAAGAAGAAGUAGAGACGCUAUUAUCAAUUCAAAGCAUGUCAUGACAUGACUCCUGGAAGUGACAUAGGAGCGGGCAGCAGGUGGUUUCAUUUCCUGGGUCUCUUAAUCAAAGAUCAAGCUUGCAAUAUCAGUUUUGCUCAGAUGCAGACGGAAGUGUGAUCACAAUCAUUUUGAAUCCCUCUUGCCCACUUUUUUUUCUAAGAAAAUAAACAUUUUACUGUUUUUAUGUA